GCCUAAAUGGGUGGAAAAGGUAAAGACGAACCAGCUGAAUCCAAGUUCAUUUACAUGAAAGUAGUUGGAGGAGAACCAGUAGCCGCUGCUACUCUCGCUCCAAAGUGCGGUCCUUUGGGAAUGCCACCAAAGAAAGUUGGAGAUGACAUUACCAACGCAACCAAAGACUGGAAGUCCAUUAAGGUCCCAGUUGAAGUUGAGGUCGUAAACAGACAAAUUACUGUCCGUGUAUUGCCAUCAGCCUCAUCAUUGAUCCAGAAAGCUUUGGGUAAGGCUCCAAGAGUCAGACCAAGAGACAAAGAGACCCACUACACUCAUGAAGGAAACCUUGACUUCGAAGCCAUUGUAGACAUCGCAAAGCAAUUGGAACACAAGAGCAUGGCUAAGACCUUCGCCGGAACUGUUAAGCAAAUUUUGGGAACCUGCAACUCCAUCGGUAUCACCGUUGACGGACACUCAGGAAAAGAUGCUCAAGCUUUGCUCGAAAAAGGUCAUUGGAACUUGCCAAACUAAU